AUGUCGAAACGAAUUUUCAAGAACAAAUCCAUAUACACACGACAAGAGGUGCUACAAAUUACAAACGUAAUAAAUAAAAGGAUGUCUCGACUAAUAACAGCAAUUUUUCAACCGCUAAAAGCUGUGACACGAUCUGCACAUUUUUUCACACAACCAAUUUCUGCAAAUACUACCAGCUUAGUUAAACCGGAACUUCCGUUGUUGUCUUUUAUAAGGUCGAAAGUACGAUGCUAUUUCCCACGACCAAGUGAAGUAAAAAGAGUUAGACGUCACGGCUGGAAAACUAGAAUGUCUACUCCAAACGGUCGCAGAAUUAUUAUGAGAAGACUUCUAAAAGGUUGUCAUGUGUUAUCCCAU